CCCUGCUGUUUAUUGAUGAGGCCGGGCGCUCUACACUCUUCUCUGCCGCUUUCCGGGCGGCCGCCAUCUUGUUUUUGUGUUAGGCCGAAGCCGGGUGUGAGGAAUCGGGGAAGUAAUGUGGGACGAGCCCCGGGGGGAUUGAGGUCCACCUCGCCGCUGUCCAAGAAGCGACGCGUGGCUGCAUCGGAAACGGGUUCAAGUAGCUCCUCCACGGUUUAUGUGAGCACAGUAGCGGAACUGUCAGCCAACGGAAUGGCUCGAAACAACACUGAAGCGGAGAUUGAUGAGGGUCUCUAUUCCCGUCAGCUCUAUGUCUUGGGCCAUGAGGCGAUGAAGCGAAUGCAGAACUCCAAUGUUCUUGUCUCGGGAAUGGGUGGCCUCGGUGUGGAGAUAGCCAAGAAUGUUAUCUUAGGAGGUGUGAAGUCUGUCACCAUCCAUGACCACGUAAAUACUGAAUGGAGGGACCUUUCAUCUCAGUUCUAUCUCCGAGAGGGAGACAUCGGUAAAAACAGAGCCGAGGUUUGUCUUCUAAGUUUGGUUGAGCUGAACCGUUAUGUGUCUGUAUCCGCUUCCAUCAAGCCCUUGAGUGAUGACUUCCUCUCCAACUUUCAGUUGGUGAUCCUCACAGAUGCCACUUUGGAGGAGCAGCUACGAGUGGGUGAUUUCUGCCACAGUCACAAUAUCAAGUUUAUUGUGGCCGACACCCGGGGCCUCUUUGGGCAGCUGUUUUGUGACUUUGGAAAGGAAUUUGUUGUGCUGGAUCCCAAUGGAGAGCAACCACUGAGCGCUAUGAUUUCAAUGAUAACAAAGGAUAACGCAGGUGUUGUCACCUGCCUAGAUGAGGCUCGUCACGGCUUUGAAAGUGGCGACUUUGUUACUUUCACAGAAAUACAAGGCAUGACAGAGUUGAACAGUUGCGAACCUGUGGAGAUCAAAGUGCUGGGACCUUACACAUUCGGCAUCUGUGACACAACCAGUUUCUCAGACUAUGUCCGUGGGGGAAUUGUCAGCCAAGUCAAAAUGCCAAAAAAGAUUGGCUUUAAACCCAUGCGGGAGUCCAUCCAGGAACCAGAGCUUCUGAUCACAGACUUUGCCAAGUUUGACCGCCCGUCCCAAUUGCACCUAGGCUUCCAGGCCCUUCAUGCCUUCCAGAAGAAGCAUGGCCGACUUCCAAAGCCUCGUAAUGAGGCCGAUGCAAAUGAAGUUUUGGCUACUACCAAAGAACUUAAUCAGCACUUAAAUGGAUCGGCAAAGCAGGAAGAGCUAAAGGAGGAUCUGCUGAGAAAGUUGUCCUUCCAGGCUUUUGGAAACCUGGCUCCCAUGAAUGCGUUUAUUGGGGGGCUUGCUGCACAGGAGGCUAUGAAGGCACUUUCAGGGAAGUUCAUGCCGGUUAUGCAGUGGUUGUACUUUGAUGCCUUAGAGUGUUUGCCAGAGGAAAACGCGGAUGCCAUACUGACUGAGGAAAACUGCAGCCCUAAAAACUCUCGUUACGAUGGACAGAUAGCUGUGUUUGGGUCUGAGCUGCAACAGAAGCUUGGAAAACAGCGGUAUUUCUUGGUUGGUGCUGGUGCCAUUGGUUGUGAGCUGCUGAAAAACUUUGCUAUGAUUGGUUUGGGAACUAAAGAAGGUGGAGAGAUCACAGUUACGGACAUGGACACCAUAGAAAAGUCUAAUCUGAACAGACAGUUCCUUUUCAGAACGUGGGAUGUUACGAAAAUGAAAUCUGAAACUGCUGCACUGGCCGUCAAACAGAUGAAUCCUGAUUUGCAUGUCACUGCUCACCAGAAUAGAGUGGGACCAGACACCGAGAAAGUUUAUGAUGACGAUUUCUUUGAAGCACUAGAUGGUGUAGCUAAUGCACUUGAUAAUGUGGAUGCCAGGAUGUAUAUGGACCGUCGUUGUGUCUACUACCGAAAACCACUUCUGGAAUCUGGAACGUUAGGAACAAAAGGGAAUGUCCAAGUUGUCAUACCUUUCAUAACAGAGUCCUACAGCUCAAGCCAGGAUCCACCUGAGAAGUCUAUACCCAUCUGUACCCUAAAGAACUUCCCAAAUGCCAUUGAACACACAUUACAGUGGGCUCGGGAUGAGUUUGAGGGUCUCUUCAAGCAACCCGGAGACAAUGUUAAUCAAUAUUUAACAGAUCCAAAGUUCAUGGAAAGGACUUUGAAGCUUCCAGGCUCUCAACCCCUCGAGGUGAUCGAUGCUGUUUACAAGAGUCUAGUUACAGACCGGCCUAAGAGCUGGACAGACUGCGUGUCCUGGGCUUUUAAUCAUUGGCACACUCAGUACUCCAAUAACAUCUGCCAGCUGCUGCACAAUUUUCCUUCUGAGCAGCUGACCUCAUCUGGUGCUCCAUUCUGGUCCGGCCCCAAAAGAUGUCCCCAUCCUUUAGUUUUCAGUGGAAACAAUUCAUUGCACUUGGAUUACAUCAUGGCAGCUGCUAACCUCUUGGCAGAGACAUACAGUGUCAGUGGAUCCACGGACAGAACCGCUGUGCUAGAAAUUCUAAAAGCUGUCAAAGUGGUGGAGUUUAAACCCAAAUCCGGGGUCAAAAUCCAUGUGUCGGACCAAGAGAUGCAAAAUGCACAUGCCUCCCUAGAUGACAGCCGUCUAGAUGAGCUGAAAAACAGCCUACCCCAACCAGACAGUCUUUCCGGUUUCAAAAUGUUUCCUAUUGAAUUCGAAAAGGACGAUGACACCAACUUCCACAUGGACUUCAUUGUAGCCGCUUCUAAUCUGCGGGCAGAGAAUUAUGACAUCCCACCUGCAGAUCGACACAAGAGCAAAUUGAUAGCUGGGAAGAUCAUCCCAGCCAUUGCUACAACCACAGCUGCAGUGGUAGGCCUUGUCUGUUUGGAGCUCUACAAGAUCAUUCAGGGACACAAGUCGCUGGAAUCCUACAAAAAUGGCUUCAUGAACCUAGCUUUGCCUUUCUUUGGCUUCUCUGAACCCAUUGCUGCCCCCAAGCACAAGUACUAUGAGCAUGAAUGGACUCUGUGGGACAGGUUUGAGGUGGCUGGCAUACAAGACAAUGGGGAGGAAAUGACACUGAAGCAGUUCUUGGAUUAUUUCAAGAAUGAACACAAACUUGAAAUCACAAUGUUGUCCCAGGGGGUCUCCAUGCUGUACUCAUUCUUCAUGCAAGCUGCUAAGCUGAAAGAGCGUCUCAAGCUACCGAUGACUGAAAUUGUGGCUAGAGUGUCAAAGAAGAAGAUUGGGAAACAUGUUAAAGCGCUCGUGUUCGAACUGUGUUGUAACGAUGAUCUUGGAGAAGAUGUGGAGGUCCCUUAUGUGCGUUACACCAUUCGCUGAACAUAGAAUAUUGGUUUUGAUGCAUAUGUUGGGGGAUUUGAGGCAGCAUGGGGGAAAAAGGGCACUCUACCCAAGUACCCUUCUAUGAGUGCCCAUUUCAGGCUCGGUCUGCUUUCCCUUGAUGUAUCCUGAUUCAUUGGCCCAAGAAGUGCCAGCCUGCAACACAUUCUGUUCCAUGUCUUUGUCUCAUUAACUUGUUUCAUUUUUGUUUUGUUAGCUGUGUAGUGCACACAUUUGCUUAGUGUUUCUAAACCCAAGACUUUUUUAGAUUUGGAUGGAGUGGAGAAGGGUUAGAACCUCUGUCGGGUUUUUGUCUGUCACCUCUGACAUGUUUAACCCUGGAAUUGUCCUGGGGACCAUUGUCAUGGUGACAUAAUGAUGGGAAAUCUAAAAUGGCGGUGUCUUCACAUUGAAAAGAUUUUUCACUUCAUGUUGUCUCCAAGGGAAAGCUCCCCAAUUGAAUGCAGACAGAAAUCAAAGUUCUCAUACUCUAUCCAAAACUACCAAAAAUAAAGUUUUGAAUUUAGAUAUACUUUAACCCUUCAUACCUGCUGGCAGAAGGGUUAGUGACCGACUGGAGCUUGUCCAGAGUUCUGGUUUUACAGCUGCAUGGGGGAGCAUCUUUGUCUUGCCCACACCACCACCCAGAGCGUGCCAGUGAUCUGAGGGCCUUAUCUUAUAGAAAUGUUUCUUUAUACUGUGAGUUCUGAAAAGGAAAUAAAAAAAACUAAAACUCCUA